ACCCUCCCUCCGGGGUCUCACAGUUCAUUUAGAGUCACCUCCCCCCUAAAACCCACAUCGCGGGCGGAGCAGAGGACGACGCAAACCCUCGCGAUGUCCGGCGAUCGACGCGGCGGCGGGCCUCCAGGCAACGGCGAAAACCCCGGGGGUGGCUGGGAGACUAUUGAGAAGAAGAAGAAACUAGGGCAAACAUCUGGGAGGGGACAAUGGGCACCAUGGGGUUCAUCCUCAAAUGCUCCACCUACUACAGCACGUCAAGCUUGGAAUGGCAAUGGAUCUUCACGUUCUUCAGGAAACAAUUGGGCUCAACCUUCUGAUCGUAGGUCUGCUGCCAGAGGUAAUCCCAGGGCAUCAUCACAAACAAAGUCUACAGAGCCAGAAUUGCAAGCACCAAACCCAGUUGUGACUCCACCCCUGGCAAAUGGUUGGCAGUGGGCAUCCAGGCCUCGCCCAUCUGGUCCUGAAAGCAGCAAGGAUGAUGUUGCUUCAUCUGGUUUAGACCCUGAGGCGAAUAAUCCUGAAGUUGAGGAUUCAUCAGAUGAUGAUAAUGAUGAUGAUAUGAGCGAUGACUAUGAUUCUGAUGCAUCUGAGAAAAGUUUUGAGACACGAAAAAUGAAUAAGUGGUUCAAGAGUUUUUUUGAAGUCAUCAAUACCUUAAGUGUCGAUCAGAUACAUGAGCACACUAGGCAAUGGCAUUGUCCGGCAUGCAAAAAUGGACCAGGAGCAAUUGACUGGUUCAAAGGGCUGCAAUCUUUGGUGACACAUGCUAGAACAAAGGGUUCUAAGAGGGUUAAGCUCCACAGGGAAUUGGCUGCAUUGCUUGAAGAGGAGAUGUCUCGCAGGGGAUCUUCUGUGGUACCAUCUGGUGAGCAAUUUGGGAAAUGGAAAGGAUUGCGAGAAAGCACUGACCGGGAGAUAGUAUGGCCACCAAUGGUCAUCGUGAUGAACACCCUACUUGAAAAAGAUGAAGAUGAUAAGUGGUUAGGCAUGGGCAACCAAGAACUUCUUGAGUAUUUCAGUGAUUAUGCUGCGACCAAAGCACGCCAUGCAUAUGGUCCAGGUGGGCACCGUGGCAUGAGUGUGCUAAUAUUUGAAAGCUCUGCUGUGGGCUAUAUGGAGGCAGAACGUCUUCAUAAGCAUUUUAUUGAUCAAAGAACAGACAGGGACACUUGGCAGAAUCGCAGGGUUCCUUUCUUACCUGGUGGGAAGAGACAAUUAUACGGUUUCCUAGCCAGAAAGGAAGACAUGGAGACUUUCAAUAGACACUGCCAAGGGAAAAGCCGCCUGAAAUACGAGAUGAGAUCUCAUAAUGAGAUGGUAGUGGCCCAGAUGAAGCAAAUGAGCGAAGAUAAUCAACAACUCAAUUAUCUGAAGAACAAGGUGGUUAAGACAGAGCAGCGCUCUAAAGUUGUAGAAGAAACCCUGGGUGUUAUUACGCAGAAACUUCGAGAGACUAUGGAAGAGAAUAUAUUCGUCAGGAGUAAAGCUAAAGAGAAGCACUCUGAGUAUGAGGAAGAGAUGAAAUCCCAGGAAAAAUUCUUCCAUGAUCAGAUAGAGAACAUUCACAAGGCCACAGAAGACAAGGAAAGCGAGUUUGAGAGAUUGCUGCAGGAGGAGCGUGCAAAGGCUAGACAGUGUGAUGUGGAUUCUGGGACUACUGAAAAUCGCAGGCUAAGGAAGGAACAGGUACAGCGGUUCAUAGAGUGCCAGGUUAAGGACGUGCAGGAGUUUGAGGCUGAAAGGGACGAAAUGAUAAAAGCGCACGAGGAGAAGAAGGUGCAGCUGAAGAAAGAGUACAUGGCAAAGGAGGUGGAGCUCGAGAAGGAGUUUGAUGCUGCUCUCACCGGUUUGAUGGAGAAACAUAGGCCAGGCACCUUCCAGGCCUCCAGCUCCAGCCCGUGAAGAUUCACAGCUAUCUGAGAUUUGCCUUCUGCAUAACGACAUCUAAAGAUGCAAGACCAUAUGUGGUGCAUGAUUAGGAAUCCUGAACUUGAUUGAACCUGUAUGGGUGGUUAUAUGGCCAUGAUUAGGAAACCUGAACUUGUCUGAGUGUCAAGUGUCAGUAGCAUGUUUUACACCACUAUCUAAUGACUGCCUGGGGAGCAAGCGUCGAAUCCCUUCUUGAACAUGUUAACUGUAAUGUCAUCUUGUUGUGCUUUAUGUUGAACUUCGGUCUGGCGGGCGGCAUUGAUUGAGUGAAAAUAUAGACAAGUAAUUUGGGAUGGAGUUAA